AAUAUGCCCUCAAUUUCAUAAUCUUCUUCAUCUUCUUCCUCCAGUUCACUCUCCGACCUUCUCAAUCAGUUUUUGACGACCGAUUUACAGUCAUUUUUCAUUAACUCUUCAUCCAGGCCUACGGUAUCCUCCUCGUCGCUUGCAACUGCCGCCGUGAACAUCGCCGCCUCCAUCUGCUUCUUGAUUCUAGCCUGCAUCGUUAGCCUCUCCUUCGCUUCAGCUACACAAAAGACUCUCGACUGCAAAAAAGGGUUGCUCAAUAAUCAAUUAAGGAGACUAAAAUGGAAGAUGUGAUUACAGCCCCUGCCCCGCCUUCACGGUUCUUUCUAGAUGAUCUGAACAACUUUGCUUCUCCAUCACCACCCCUUCCGUCGCCAUUUCUAUUGUUCUCUUCGCCCACUGACCUUCAGACCCCACUUCGCCCUCCCCUCCUCAUCAUCGCUGUCUCAUCACCAUCCCUUCAGAUAUUUUUCAAUCUCUCUAAGAAGACCCAUAUCGGAACUCUUAUCCUUCCUGAAAUACCCUUCUCUGGAAACUCCAUAGAACCUUCUCUUGGAGAUAAAUCCUGCAAUAUUUAUUCCAUGGAUGAAAUCAUGAUAGUAACCGUUCAAUAUUCAGUUGCAGCAGAGAGAUCGCACGCAGUUGCGAAGCUGUUAAUUGGCGGCGGGCAGAUUGUUCCGGAAAGGGUGUUGAUUUUGGACACAGUCCAGAACAAGAAUUACCGCGGAAAGCUUUCCCCAGAUGAGAGUAUUGCUUUUAAGUUGGAAACUUCUGUUGAGAGGAAGAGGAUUAACGAUGAACAAGCCAUUGUCAAAGGAAUAGGAGGAUAUUUCCCUUCUGGAAGUGUUUUAGAUGGUUUGGCGGCUGCUCUUAUUGGUAGGUGUGAGGUUAAGAAGAUAAAAGGCGCGCUCUUUGUUUCAUGGCCGGAGACUGGUCGGCCUGUGCUGUCUUUACUCAAGACUCUACUGACGGAUGUCUUGCCUAGCUCGCGACAGAAGGAAAUUGGUAUCGCGAUUGAGGAACUGACUGAACAAGCUGGUCGGGUUAAAAGGAAUCGCCUUGAUUCAGAGCUUUAUACUUAGACUGACUGACUUGUUUCAGAGAUUUCUAUUAUUGCCCGUCUUUCCUUGCUUGUUUUUGAGAGAUUUUGAUCCUGUUUAUGAUGCUUUAAACUUUGUCAACUUAGGCUGCUGAACUUUAUAAUACAGAAAUAGGAGUAUAAAUGGUAGCAUUUUAUGCUUCUGUUUAUUUCU